GAUGGAAUAAUCGGUCUCUUUCGUCUCGCGUAUUUGGUCGUGUAGAGAUUUAGUGCGAGUUCACUCGGUAAAAAUAGUAUUUUUCUUUGUUUAUCAAUGAUUUGUUAAAUGUGUAAGCUUGAGGCUGUGUAUGAUAUAGAAAAUAAAAGUAUAAGCGAAUGUGAUGGACCCGAAAAAUCGCAAAUUUAAAGACCUUUCAGACUGUGAAAAUGAACCCCAACUAUCGCCCAGGCUCAAUUCGAAAAUCAGGGCAGAUGUCACGGAGCGCAUGCAGAAAAUACGAGAAGUCCUCGAUCAAGCUGGACACCGACUUAACGAAGUAGUUGCCGAAGCCGUCUCGGGGAUCGAAAAAAUUUCAACGUUGGAAUCCGUAGAAGGAACUACAGGGAACACUCCGCAUGCAGAAAAUAAGAUCAGGCAGGAGCAUGGAAAGCUCCCCGAGAAGUGCUUUCAGACCAGGAAUUCACUGCUGACGGAUCUGUUCAACGAAGGCAAACACCUGAAGGCAGUUUACAAUGUUUGGGCAGCAAUAUUAUUCCUUCUAUUCUUACAUACCAUUUCCCACGAUCUCAUUGAAACUGGAACGGUCCAGCUGGGUUUCCUGACGAUAUUCAUCGGUUUCGAUCAAUUCACCCAAGUCAUCAAGAUUUGGCUUCUGAUGACUCUGUCAUCAUUCGCAGUGUACAUAUGUCACAGCUUCUGGGCUCAUCAAAGAGUCAAGUUUCAACCGAAUUCAGUGGUGAUGGAAAUUUGGGACUACACGUGGUUGUCAAUGUUGAUUGUAUAUCAAUCAGCCUUUCUGUACAUUCCGGUUCAGGCUGUACUGCUAGCCAGAUUUCCGCCUCCAUCAGCAUUGAUUGUGACGAUGGAACAGGUGCGGAUGAUGAUGAAAAUCCAUGCUUUUGUGAGGAGCACAAGUCCCAGAGUGAUUGAUUACAAACCACACACGGAGGGGAGAGAAAUGAAUUAUCCUGGCUUCUCCAAGUUUCUGUAUUUCAUGUUCGCACCGACACUCAUUUAUCGGGAUAAUUAUCCAAGGACUAAAGAAAUCAGAUGGAGCUUCGUGGUUUCUUGUUUUGUACAAGUCAUCUUCGUCAUGUUUUUCGUUGCAUUUGUCUACGAAAGAUUCAUCUCUCCAACAUAUCGUGAUUAUGGUAGGGACCCGAUUACUUUACGUAAUUUCACCCCGAAAUUAUUUAAUUCAAUGCUACCUGGAAUGGGUAUGUACAUGUGUGGAUUCUACUGUCUACUUCAUUCGUGGUUCAACGCCUGGGCAGAACUGCUUACAUUCGGCGACCGAUUAUUUUACAGGGACUGGUGGACAGCAACAUCCUUCGACGCUUUUUAUCGGAACUGGAACAUAGUAGUCCACGAUUGGCUCUAUACAUAUCUCUACAAAGACUUUUACGAAAUUAUUGUUCCAGGGAAUAAGCACGUCGCCAUGUUCAUCGUUUUUGCGGUAUCUGCCUUAUUUCACGAGUUCAUUCUCAGCAUAAGUUUUCGGUUGUUUUACCCAAUGCUGUUCAUAUUAUUUGGAGGAAUUGGGUAUCCUCUUGUGUACAUAACGCGAAAAACACCUAGAAAUUUCGGUAAUCUCUUUCUCUGGCUCUUGCUGUCAUUUGGUAACGGAUUACUUUUAACUUUUUAUUCAUCGGAAUACUAUGCCAGAGUUAAUUGUUCCGGGUAUAAAGAUCAAAUUAUGGAUGCAUUUGUUCCGAGAAGUCUUCUCUGCAACAGUACAUCUCCAGUUCAGGGAUCAUUUAUCUAAAAUUAUAUUGAAAAGUCAAUGAUACAUUAUGUAAUCAUCAAUAAACUUGGUGCCAUGUUUUAAUUAAAUAAAUGCAGUGAUUUAUGA